AUGGGCUUUUCGGACCUCGUUUUCCCGCCCUGCUGCAAGGCUGCUGAUGGACCAGGUUUCUCCCCAGUGGACUUUUACGACCUCAAUAGCGCGUACGGAACAGAGGCCAGCCUGCGGAAGCUGCUGACGCAGCUGCACGCAGCAGGGCUGGGCGCGUGCCUGCACGUGGUGGUGAACCGGAUGGGCGGAUGGGGUGAUACGAGCGGAUCGGAGCAGCAGCAACAGCAACAGCAGAUGGGGGGAGCGGGCGGGGUGCCGCCGGGAGUGGGUCCCGGCGAGCCAGGGCUGUCGGAGUGGACCCGACUCACCAACACUGUAGACGAGCCUGCAGUGUGGCGGCAGGGCGAGCAAGAGGGCAUUGACGUGCAGGCAGGGGGGCGGAGGAGCAGCGUGAUGGACCAUGGAAACCCGGCAGUGGAGGAGGACUGUAAGGGGUGGCUGCGAUGGUUGCGAUACGAUGUUGGCUUUGAUGCAUGGUGUUUCGACCUCGCACGUGCAUUCGAUCCUGCAGUUGCCCACUCGUACUGCUGGGAUACGAGCCCUACGUUUGCAGUCGCUGAUGUGUGGACGGAGAUGCGGUACCAGGGCAGCACUCUCGAAUACGAUCAAGACGCGCAUCGAGCACUGCUCGCUGACUGGGUGAAGGCAGCGCGAGGCACACCUCACAUGAUUGACUACACCACAAAGGGCAUACUGCAGGCGGCAGUGCAGAACUGCGAGUACUGGCGACUCAUUGACCCCCAGGGCAGGCCUCCCGGUCUCAUCGGCUUGCUGCCUGGCAAGGCAGUCACGUUCGUGGACAAUCACUCCACGGGCUCCACACAGCAGCACUGGCCAUUCCCCGCCUGGGGGGUCACUCUGGGCUACGUGUACAUUCUGACCCACCCGGGUGUGCCGUGUGUGUUCAUUGACCAUCUCUAUGAGUGGAACCUCAAGGACCCAAUUCAGAAGCUGCUGGUGAUCCGGCAGCGCAACGGCAUUACAUCGAGGAGCGCCAUCCGCAUCAUGACGUGCAGCACGCAGCUCUAUGUGGCGCGCAUCGGCACCAACGUGGAUGAUGACAGGCUGUUCCGCGGGGUCGUUGUGAAGCUUGGACCUUCUUUUGACAUGCACGGGACUGCACCAGAUUCGUCUUGGCAGAUAGCCAUGUCAGGUCAUGACUUCUGCAUAUGGGAAAAGAACCCUGAAGUGCAGUGA